AUGGCCGACUAUGACCAGCAGAGCUACUGGCGCCGCCGUUUCGAGACGGAAACGUCCUUUGAGUGGCUCAUGCCGUCAGACGGCUUUAUGAACUUGAUGCAGCCUCAUAUCUCGCACUUGGACGCCUCAUCGCGCAUUCUUCACCUCGGCUUCGGGACCAGCGAUCUGCAGAACCACUUCCGCGCCCGUGGCCUCGUCGACGUGACAAACGUCGAUUACGAGCCCCUGGCCGUCGAACGCGGCCGCGACCUGGAGCGCCAGCGCUUCGGAGACGUGAGGAUGCGCUACGCCGUCGGCGAUGUCACGCAGCUCGGAGCGGGGAAUCCCGGCGAGUAUGGCUCGUACGACCUCGUUGUCGACAAGAGCACAUCUGAUGCCGUCGCUUGUGCUGGUGAGAUCCCCCUCCGCCGCAUGGCCGACGCCAUCCGUGGCCGUCUGGCCCCCGGUGGUAUCUGGAUCGCCCUCAGCUUCUCCCAGGACCGCUUUACGAUUCCCAAUCUCCCCUUUCAUGUCGACAUCAUCGCACGUGUGCCUACGCCCAAACGCUUGCCAAACGACCCGGACAUCUAUCACUGGUGCUACCUGCUGCGGCCGGCGUAG